CACGGCGUUCGUAUCUCUCGACUUUCAUUGACGAUUGGCUCCUCAUCGCUCUCUGUCUCCCUCUCUCCCCGUAUCAACAAUUACGUCUCUUAAAAAAUGCCGUAUCGCGGUAAGUUACGGCUACUCGGUAGAACGUGCCUAGCGUUCGCUAACGCUUGCGGGAAGAGCGAGGGCAGUUCGUGUUUCGCCGUUGCUAGCAUUACCGACAGCAGAAACUUCUCCGUAAGCUGUGCGCUCGAUAUGAGGUUCGUUCAAUUCAUAAGCAAAAAUGGUGGCCCGCAGCAUCUUGGGGUCCAGCUGAAGCAGGGAGGUGAUAUUAUCGCCGUGUCCGCGGUCGACUCGCGGAUACCGAACACAUUGAAAAAAUUUCUGGAGGGUGGCGAUGAUCUUCUCAAGAAGGCCAAGAGGGACGACGAUUUCGACCUAAGGAAGGCAGUAGAGAGAAUAGUCGCCGAGGGACGGAGCAUUACGCCCGAGGCCGACGUGAACCUCCUGGCGCCGAUCACGCGUAUGGACAAGCUCGCCUGCAUCGGCCUCAACUACAGCGGACAUUGUCAGGAGCAAGGUAUACCGACUCCGGAGAGUCCGAUAAUCUUUAGCAAGUUUCCUAGCAACAUUAUUGGACCCCGCGACAACAUCCUGCUGCCACAGAUCUCAGAUAAGGUCGAUUGGGAGGCGGAGCUGGCAAUAGUGAUCGGCAAGAAAUGCAAAGGCGUCAGUAAUGACGACGUCGAGGACUGUAUCUUUGGUUACACAGUAGCGCAGGAUGUAACGGCGCGUGAUUGGCAGAAAUCAAAACGAAAUGGUGGUCAAUUUCUGCUUGGUAAAGGGAUGGACACAUUCUGUCCCCUUGGUCCAGCGGUAGUUACCAAGGAAGCGAUAAGCGAAAUCAAUAAUCUAUCUGUGAGAACAUGGGUGAAUGGCAAUCUAAAACAAGAUGGCAAUACUAGCGAACUCAUCUUCAAACCUCACGAAAUAGUCGCUUAUCUUUCGCAGUUUGUGACGUUGUUACCAGGCGACGUGAUCCUUACUGGCACACCGGCCGGUGUAGGAUUUACACGUAAUCCACCUGAAUUUCUGCAGCGUGGCGAUGUACUUGAAACCGAGAUCGAGAGUUUAGGACGUUUAAGAAACAAAGUGAUCUGAUCUAAGAGACGGAGCACACCAUUGGUUAAAGCAUUAACAGAACUUCGUGAUCCUCACAAGACUGGAACUAUAUUCUUUUAAGAGUUGACAUCCGUGAUGACGUUGAACUAAUCUAAGUGCCGUGUCUGGGAUUUGAUUCCAGCUGGGUAUAUAAAAAUACGCAUUCCAAUACGAAUGCCAAUAAUUUCAACGCGAUUGCGAAUGUUUAUACUAAAGAUAGUAUUGCUCCUCUUGAAAAGCUAGAUUUUUUACUGAUAUCAUUAUCGUUAUAUUGUUGUUGCAGCUUUUUACUAUGUAUUACAUCUGCGCAAUGACACAAUGUAACGAUAACAUCAUUGUCAUUAAGGAAGUUCGAGCGUUACUUUGGAGUUAAAAUUGCAACUGAAAAAAAUUGUCAUUAUAGCGAUUCGAAAUCAUGCACAAUAUUAGUGUAAUAAAUUGUGGAUAUUAUUUAUGUGCUGUAUUCUUAGUAAAUUAUUAGUGAAUAGAAUAUUAACAAAUGUAUAAGAUGUCGGCUCGAAAAGUCGAGUAUAUGUAUACUUGGCAACGUUGCACUUCGUGAUCAUGGCGAAUUAUAAGGGAGAAGCACAGAAUCGGACAAUAAAGCUUUAAAUCUAUACGGUCAAAUCCGAUUGUCCUGUUUUAUACACAAUUGUUGAUAUUUCAUCUAUCAAAUCUUAGUUUUUCAAAGUCCUAAGUUGGCUGAGUGUGUAUAAAUCGGUGAAUAUCUACUUCGGAACGACUGUCUCCCAUAAGACGCUAUGUUAAAAUGGUCAAUUUCAGAAUGACAUUAGGUACCAAAAAAACUAUACGGUUAAUAUUGCUCAAAUUGUGAGAUAAUUUGUAUACAGUGUUUAUCUACAUCAUAUUAAAAAAUUAAGUCUCUAAAUUGAAUUUCGACUAACGCUCGAACCUCCUUAAAAGUUACAGAAUCUAGCUACAAAGCACAAACAGGAAACGGCGCAUAACAAUAUCGAUAAUGCAACAACGCUAAUUUUUUAUGUGUCAAUUUUAUGAACUUGUAUAAUUAAAGAAAAUUAUUUCUAUUGUGUCUUUAUCUUAUCCUACUCCACAUAUAAUA